CAGCUCCAGCAACAAGUGGUCCUUUUCCCUCUACGACUGCGUCAGCAAGCUCUUCAACUGGACCAAGAUGGCCGACGACAACUUUGCACUCGUCAUCCAUGGAGGCAGGUGUCCACCGACCGAGGUCGCUCUCUGAUGGCCCUUUGGGGAUGGUCCGUCUGGCCGAGACCCCAAGCGCAAAUGCUUGUCCGGCUGUUGACGCCGGUUCUCGUUGGCUGAUCUCCAGGCGCCGGAGUCAUUCUGCGGGAAAAGAUGACCCCCGAAGACCGCGAAGGAUAUCUCCGUGAUCUGCGCCUGUCGCUCGAGGCCGGAUACAAGAUCCUGCAGGCCGGCGGCUCGAGCCUGGAUGCCACCGAGGCUGCCGUUCGGGUCAUGGAAGACUCGCCGCUGUUCAACGCCGGCAAGGGAGCCGUCUUCUCCAGGGACGGCAAGAACGUUCUUGAGGCAUCCAUCAUGGACGGCCGCACCCGAAAGGCCGGUGCAGCGACACAGCUCAUGACGGUCAAGAAUCCCAUCUCGCUCGCUCGCAAGAUCAUGGACAGUUCGCCACACGUCUUUGUUGCUGGCGCCGACGCAGAGUCGUUUGCCUCGUCCGAAGGCCUGGAGAUUGUCGAUCCUGGGUACUUUUGGACAGAACGACGCUGGAAGCAGCACAAAUCUUCGCCCAACUCCAUCACCGUCUCCGAAUCGACUCAGCACGACGAGUUCCACGAAAAGGGUGACAAUCUACCCAAGGGGACUGUCGGUGCAUGUGCUCUGGACCGCCACGGCAAUCUGGCGGCAGCAACCUCGACCGGCGGCAAGACCAACAAGUGGUCUGGGCGCAUUGGCGACUCGCCCAUCAUUGGCGCGGGCACGUUCGCAGAGAACAGAGUCGUUGCCGUGAGCGCUACGGGCGACGGCGAGUACUUCAUCCGAUGGAACGUGGCCUAUGACAUUGCCUCCAAGAUCAAGUACGGCGGCCAGUCACUUGGCAAGGCAUCCAAGGAAACUAUCGACCAUCUCAAGACCGUCGGUGGCGAGGGCGGCAUUAUUGCCAUCGAUAGCACGGGCAAGAUCGCCUUGGAGGCCAACACUCCCGGCAUGUUCCGCGGAUACGUCGGCAGAGACGGCGUCGUGAAGGUCGCUAUCUUCAUGGAUGAGCCGUGCGUGUGAAGCGACAUCGACUGAACGACCCCGAUUCGCGACCGGGAGCGUCAUCUGCCUUUGUUUUGACAGCGUCAAUACCAUGGCAUAUGCCAGCAGCGAGGCUUUCGCUUGUCCUGUGAUUGCAGUGCCGAUGUGGGGAUGAGGGAUUGCCACCAUUG